UUUAAAGUCAUAGAGAUGGAUAGAGAGGACAAAGCAAAACAGAAAAGAAAAACGAAAAAACAGAGAGAAUAAGAGAUUUUUCAUUUCAAAAAGAAGAAAGACAAACCGAAAGAGGGCACACCAAUAAAGAGAAGGAAAUGGAAGAAGUAGUAUUGUUGAUAGAUGAACUGCAAACGAGUUGCGCAGUAUCUCACUGCAGAAUUUGCCAUGAAGCUGAAUUUGAAAGCUGCAAAACAUUGGAAGCUCCUUGUGCCUGUUCAGGAACUGUCAAGUUUGCGCACAGAGAUUGCAUACAGAGAUGGUGUAACGAGAAAGGAAAUACAACUUGUGAAAUUUGUCUCCAGAGCUAUGAACCAGGAUACACGGCACCUUCGAAAAAGUCUCAGCUGAUGGAUGCAAUGACAAUUAGAGAAAGCUUGGAAAUUCAAGAACAUGACCCUGAAAGUCAAGGCAUGGCGGCGGUGGUCGAAGGAGUAACAGUUGACGCCGGAGAUUCUGAGUGCACGACUGCCGCCGAUAGAAGCGCCUCCUAUUGCCGGUCGUUGGCUUUAACAUUCACCCUCCUUUUACUUUUAAAACAUUUCUUGGCUACCCUCACCGGAGGGACGGAAGAUUACCCCUUUACGCUUCUAACCAUACUUGCACUGAGGGCUAGUGGGAUUCUUCUCCCAAUGCUCAUAGUGCUGAGGACAAUUGCAGCAAUUCAGAAAAGCAUUCGGAGACAAUAUCAGGAUAGGGAUGACGAAGGAGAUGAAGAUGAGCAGCAACAUUUAGUAUAGUUGCGUGCUCUAAAAUCCUAGUAUAAUUCCUACAUUAUUUCCAUUUGUAUCAGAGCAUCCCAUCGAUGCUCGUCUUGUCAAUAUUCUUUCCCUGUUUUGGGGCAAUAAAUGAAAUGAAAAUUAAUUUUA